AUGCAGAAGCCCAUAGUGUCAUGCAUUGACUUGCCCGCAUUCGUUUUAUGGGGAUUGCUGUGUGAGAUGCUCCCUUCUUCCUCCAACCAUGCACGUGCUUUACACACUCUUGCAAACAAGACCGUGUCUCUGAGCGGUGUAACACAGCGGAGGAAGGCAACCAUCCACAUGAUGGUGAUGCACUCGGUUCUGUUUCUCUAUUGUAAUCUCGCGAAAGACUUCGAGCGCAAGCUCCUCGGACAGGUCAGUCCUCAUCAUCCGCAGCGGCGGCAACAAGCUACUCGGGAGCGCUGGCUACUUUUUCUAUGGCGGAGGACCUCAGCUUCUUCCCGGAACUCCUCGACAGGUGUGCCGCUUUCUGGGAAAGCGACUGAGGUGUUCCGCCCACCAUCUUUCACAGAAGUUGAGGUCGGUUGUCAGUGAGGUGCAUAUGUCGAGGACGAGGUGACACGGCGGAUUCGAGUUGAUCUCCCCACCGUCAGGAAGCGCUUCGGAGCCGCUGACAUGUCGAUGCUACUCGCCACCACAGGUGGUACCAAGCCCAUCGCUGGCAUGAGGUUGAGCUGUAGGCUAAACUGUCACUAAAGAGUGGACAAAAACGCUCGACGCGUUGAGGUUGGAGUGGAGGGCGUGAGUAACGCAAGGAAGAAUGAGCUACAGCUCGGGUAGGCACAGCCUUUGGCCGGGGUAUUUUCUGUCUUGUAUACGGCACUGACGGAGAUGCAUGUCACCUACAGCUACUGCGCGGAGGAGAUGGCGAGUGGCGUCACAGCGUCACUGCCUGUCUGCUGUGUGGGGGACCUCAAGGCAGGGAUAUUCGCGUGGUCACCAAAAGCGAUACGCGUACGAAUGGAGAAGGCGUCCGACGAAGGGUCAGCAGCUCGCCGCAUCGUCGCGCCUUUACUCACCCCUUUUGUGUGAGCCACGCCAAUCAUACGAGCUCUAGCGGAGUUUUGUCGCUAGAAAAGGGGGAGAGGCAAGAAGACGAGGCAACCUCACUCUCCCAGAGACACCACCGUGGUGCUUACUCUACCUGGCGCCCCCUCGCGUAUUGUCGCUGUCAAGGCUCUCUGCACCUCUGUCGACCUUGACCUCCUCGCCUCUUUCCUUCACUUGUCUGAUAACGCACGGGACAUCGCGGCUUUCUUUUUCAUAUCAUUCUUUUUCUUGGCAAUAGACGCCUGCAGCGAGUCGAACGGCCACAGUCCCGUGGUGACACGUAUCGUGGACGUCGACACACUAGGCGGUUGUGUACGCGGGACCAACGCCAGCCCCAUCCUACAUUUUUCUGCGUUCCCUUCUGCAGCCCCCUCCUCAUCUCUUCUCUGCUUUUUCUUUUCUGAAGUGCUUUCAUCAGAGCGCCUUAGGGACCCGCGGUGUUGUUGUGCGUUGUGUCUUGCCUUCCUCCCUCCUCAGACAUGUUCGAUGUCGGCUCUACCCAACUGA